GGAAAAGCGAGAAUCGAAGUGAUACGUCCACGUCAGCUUCUCCCUUGUAGCUAGAGAGUGAGUGUGUGAGAAAGAGAUCGAAUCUGGAUUUAAAGAGGAACUAGGGUUUUUUUUGAAUCGAGGAAAUGCUAAGUUGGAGUAGAAUUCAAUUUGGGAGAUCAUCAGUUUUUGUUGUGUAUGGCUGAUAGAAGAGCUGGGAAUCGUUACGGUCGUUCUAAGUUGGAGUCUGGAACUUGUAAUGUCUGCUCUGCAUGGUGUAGUGGCGAGCCAGUGUUCUUUCAACGAGGGAGAUCUAUUGCGUUCUUCUCGCCUUAAUCUUGUUCAUGAUACUUCUUCCUCUGAGCAUUCUGAGAGUCAAGAAGUUGUAAGGUCUUCUUCUGAUCAUCAAGACAGAGACAUUCCACGGCAGGGAAAGAUUAAGGGAAAGUCAGGAGCAGAGAGUAACGAAGACAAGAAAAGUGUUUUUAUUGAAAGUUCAGACUCUGGGAUGGUUGGGGAGUCGGGAGAAGAUAUUCUCUCAAAUAAGGCAGAGGAACCAGACACGUCAGCUAUGUCUGAGAGUGAGAGUGCUGAUUCUGAACCGAUGGAAGUUGAUGUGAAAGUUUGUGACACUUGUGGAGAUGCGGGUCGUGAGGAUUUACUUGCUAUCUGCAGCAGAUGUAGUGAUGGUGCAGAACACACCUAUUGCAUGCGGGCAAUGCUUAAAAAAGUUCCAGAGUGUGAUUGGCUUUGUGAAGAAUGCAAGUUUACUGAGCAAGCAGAAAAGCAGAAGCGAGAUAAAGAAACUAAGAGAAAGAAAGAGACAGAGGCAAAUUUGAAUACACAGAGCUCCAGUAAAAGGCCCAUAGAUAAACCUGAGGCAGCUCCAGAUGCUAAAAGACAGGCAGUUGAGGCUCCAACAGGGUCACCCAAAAGACCUGUUCUCCCCAGGUUGCCCGCUUUUUCGCGGGAAACAUCAUUUAAGGGCUUAGAGAAGACAACUAGAAAGCUAGCUCACCACUCAUCUUUCAAUAGCCACUCCAGUGAUGACACAGAAAGCACACGAUCUACUGACUCACAGGUCCAAUCUCCUAAAGCUUGUGCAGGCUCCCUUUUUAAGUCCAAAUCGUUUAAUUCUUCGAGCUCUAGACCAAAAGUGAGACCAGUGGAUGAUGUUACGCCUAAGGAGGGGCUUUCUAGAAAAUUAGGUAGAUCGAUGUCAACUAGAUGUAUAGACGUAGGGAGCUCUGGUUGCAAUGACUCAAGAGUACAAGGUUCAAAGCAACUGAAAGAUCGGAGUACAGAAGCAUCCGGAGUCGAUCAGAAGCUAAUCUCACGUGGCAAUUCGUCCAGUUCUUAUGCAAAUAGUGCACGUGAUUUGAAGAGUUUGCAGUCUGAUGGUAAAGAAGGUAGCUUGACAACGAAAGCCAGACAACGAAGUCGAAACCGCCUGGAAGAUAUAGUUGCUUCUGUGGGGGAUACACAUACGAAUGAAAAUAGCAAAGACGCUGUUGGUAGUCGCCGAAGGUCAUCUUUAAAAGACCUGCAAUCUCAAAAAGGUCAGACAGCCGAACCUGCUGAGACUUCAUGUUCCUCUGGAAGCAUUCUCUCUACCACACGAAACAUUAAGGAGGAUAUUAAUAAAGGCAAUAGGUUGCGAGCAGCGGUUGAUGCUGCUCUCCGGAAGAAACCUAGCUUUGGGAAGAACCGUGGAUUGGAGCAGUCUGAUUUGCCGUCAGUGUCUAAUGUGGAUUCUAGUUGUGAUAGGCCUCUUCAAAAUUUUCCCUCGAAGGUGCAUAGAGAUUGGCCUGUGGGAUUGCAAGGAGGGCAUCCUAAUUUACAGACAGACAAGCAGGCGAUUGCUGUAAAUAGAAAACAGUCUACACUCCCUGGUGCUGAUGCAAUGGCUGCUCCUCAGUCUGUAGAGCCUGCAGUUCAUUUACAUUCUGUAAAGCCGGUCAUUAGAGAUUUGCCUGUGGGAUUGCAAAGAGGGCAUCCAAAUUUACAGACCGACAAGGAGACGAUUGCAGUAAAUAGAAAACAGUCUACACUCCCUGGUGCUGAGUCAGUGUCUGCUCCUCAAACUCUAGAGCCUGCAGUUCAUGUACAUUCUGUAAAGCCGGUCGUGAGAGAUUUGCCUGUGGGAUUGCAAGGAGGGACGAUUGCAGUAAAUAGAAAGCAGUUUCCACUCGCUAGUGCUGAUGCAAUGGCUGCUUCUCAAACUGUAGAGCCUACAGUUCAUUUACCUUCUGUACAACCGGUCAUGAGUGAUUUGCCUGUGGUUGACCCAUCUGUUCUGUCGACAACCUCAGCCAUCCCAGAGCAUGAGUACAUUUGGCAAGGGGAGAUGGAGGUGCGGAAAAGCAGAAAUCCAUCGGCAAUGCAUUGUGGAAUGCAAGCAUAUCUAUCAACAUUAGCAUCACCUAAGGUUGCUGAAGUGGUGAACCAGUUUCCAGUAAAAGUGACCUUGAAUGAAGUACCCAGGCUAAGUACGUGGCCUUCGCAGUUUCAAGAUAUAGGUGCCAAGGAAGGCCAUGUGGCUCUUUUCUUCUUUGCCAAGGACAUUGAGAGUUAUGAGAGAAGUUACAAGCCCCUGGUAGAUAACAUGAUCCAGAAAGAUUUAGCGCUAAAGGGAUACCUCGAAGGUGUUGAGCUUUUGAUUUUUGCGUCCAAUCAGCUUCCUCGGAACUGUCAGCGUUGGAACAUGUUCUUUUUCCUUUGGGGUGUAUUUCGAGGAAAAAAGGAGAAAUGUCCUGAUCCACUCAAGAACAAACCUCUUCAGGCGUCUAAUUUUUUGCCAAAUAUGGGGAGAGUGUUUUCUACACGUGAGGACUUUUACAAUGAAAAUCCAAGCAACAGAGAGUCCUCAAUUAAUUGCCCAUCGAGCAGAAUGCAAUCGUGCAUGAAGGAGAAUGAUAAAGAGGGUGAAGCGGACGGUGGAGUUAGUGGAGCGGUGGAAGAAACUGAGGAAGGAGAGAUAGGUUUUAGCCCACACUUGAGAGAUGAGAAGAUUUCAGGGCCUCCGAGAGUAAAUUCAUCUGGCAUGAACCAGAAAGUCGACAUGGAUGAUCUGAAUGGUGUAGGGUUGUGUGAAGAACCAGCGAAUAAAAAGCUGAAGACAGGCACAGGAGUAGAAACGAAAUGUAACAUAUUCAGGAGGGAUGCAACUGAAAGGAUCGUGUUCCCUUUGGAUUUGAAUGAUGGAAAGGAAGACGAUACUGAAAUGGUAGACGACAAUCCCAGAGCACUAGGCAAUGACGGCAACAAACAAAGAUCACUCGGUAUGGUCCCAAAUCUAGAGCUGGCUCUAGGAGAGGAUGAAACUACUACAACCACAGGAGUCGUCUUGCCCUUCAUGACUGGACCAAGCGCCACUGAGAAACAUAGAAGUAGCAAUAGCCAGAAGGCAGAAGAAGACAAUGCAGCUUCUCUCUCACUAUCCUUGUCCUUCUCAUCCCUGAAGAAGGAACAACAACAACAACAUAGACAACAGCAGAAUCAGAGACGAGUGUCUGGAUGGGAACAAUAGAAGCAGAAUGUGAAUACUCCUAUGUUUCUCUUCAGAGACUUCCCUGACAAAUCCUCAUAGGGUUCUUACUUGUUAGGGGAUGACGAUAUCAGCAAGAGAGUACAUGCAGUAGCUUUGGACCAUCUGUUCAUAUAAAAAAACAGGAAACUUAUAUUUUAGUUUGGUCUUUUGGUUUCCUGGAGAAGACUCGACCAAACCAGGACUCACAACAGCUCUGUACAUAUGAAGGCGAUGGGCAAAAGACAGAUGAGAAGAUGUCGGUUUUGUAGACUGAUCUGCUUAAACCUAAAGUGUGUUUAUGACUUUAUGUAUGUUUUUAGCUUCUCUGUUUUACUCAUGUUCGUUAUAGAUAUAGCAAAUGAGCGAGUAGCUGACAAGUUUAUUCAUACAUUCAGUCUUCA